CCUGCAUCGGGUAGGGCGGAGCUGCGAGGCAGGCAGGCAGGCACGGGCGCCGGCAGAGCAGCCAGGAAGGGUUAAUCGGCCUGCUCCCCCCUCCCCGGCUCUGACAGCCCCGGCGCUUCCGCAGAGGCUGGGGCUGCCGUGGGUUUCCUCUGCCCUGGGCCUCUGCAGCGUUGCUGGGGCAGGCGGGAACGCCGGGGCUCCCAGAAUGGCUCCUUUCAUCCGGCUCCGGCUGGGCGCCAGGGCUGAGCCAGGCCCCGCCGGGCUGCUGGCCUAGGGGCUCCCCUCCCCUGGCCCCUGUGGCUGGGCUGGCCAUGGAGGAGGAGGAGGAGGCCAUCGGGUACCUGGACAAGGUGCUGGAGGGUGAGGAAGACUCCGAGCCAGGCACCCCCACCAGCCCCAGUCCGGGGUCCUUCUUCCUGGCCUCCGAGAAGGGUGAGCAGGAUGCCGGGAAGGGGCUGGAGAUGCGGAAGCUGGUGCUCUCGGGCUUCCUGGCCAGCGAGGAGAUCUACAUCAACCAGCUGGAGGCAUUGCUGCUGCCCAUGAAGCCGCUGAAGGCCACAGCCACCACGUCGCAGCCGGUGCUGACCAUCCAGCAGAUCGAGACCAUUUUCUACAAGAUCCAGGACAUCUACGAGAUCCACAAGGAGUUUUAUGACAGCCUCUGCCCCAAGGUGCAGCACUGGGACAGCAGCGUCACCAUGGGACACCUCUUCCAGAAGCUGGCCAGCCAGCUGGGCGUGUACAAGGCCUUCGUGGACAACUACAAGAUUGCGCUGGAGACGGCCGAGAAGUGCAGCCAGAGCAACAACCAGUUCCACAAGAUCUCGGAGGAGCUGAAAGUGAAGGGCCCCAAGGACUCCAAGGAGAGCCACACGUCCGUCACCAUGGAAGCGCUGCUGUACAAGCCCAUCGACCGUGUGAUGCGGAGCACCCUGGUCCUGCAUGACCUGCUCAAGCACACGCCGGCCGACCACCCCGACUACCCGCUGCUCCAGGAUGCCCUCCGCAUCUCCCAGAACUUCCUGUCCAGCAUCAAUGAGGACAUCGACCCCCGGCGGACGGCCGUCACUACUCCCAAGGGCGAGGCCCGGCAGCUGGUCAAGGACGGCUUCCUGGUGGAGGUGUCGGAGGGCUCGCGAAAGCUGCGCCACGUCUUCCUCUUCACCGACGUGCUGCUCUGUGCCAAGCUGAAGAAGACGGGUGUGGGAAAGCACCAGCAAUACGACUGCAAGUGGUACGUGCCGCUGGCCGACCUGGUCUUCCCAGCGCCUGAGGAGACGGAGCCGUGCGCACAAGUGCACCCCAUCCCCGACCACGAGCUGGAGGACAUGAAGAUGAAGAUCUCGGUCAUCAAGAGUGAGGUGCAGAAGGAGAAGGCCGGCAAGGGGCAGAGCCGGGCCAUCGAGCGCCUCAAAAAGAAGAUGUUCGAGAAUGAGUUCUGGCUGCUCCUCAACUCGCCGACCAUCCCCUUCCGCAUUCACAACCGCAACGGCAAGAGCUACCUGUUCCUGCUCUCCUCCGACUACGAGCGAUCCGAGUGGCGGGAGGCCAUCCAGAAGCUGCAGAAGAAGGACCUCCAGGCCUUCGUGCUGAGCUCGGUGGAGCUGCAGGUGCUCACGGGGUCCUGCUUCAAGCUGCGCACGGUGCACAACAUCCCAGUCACCAGCAAUAAGGAUGAUGACGAGUCCCCGGGGCUCUAUGGCUUCCUGCACGUCAUCGUCCACUCGGCCACGGGCUUCAAACAGUCUGCCAACCUGUACUGCACACUGGAGGUGGACUCCUUCGGGUACUUUGUCAGCAAAGCCAAGACCAGGGUUUUUCGGGACACGGCCGAGCCUCAGUGGAACGAGGAGUUCGAGAUCGAGCUGGAGGGCUCCCAGUCGCUGCGGAUCCUCUGCUACGAGAAGUGCUACGACAAGACCAAGGUCAACAAGGACAACAACGAGAUCGUGGACAAGAUCAUGGGCAAGGGGCAGAUCCAGCUGGAUCCGCAGGCCGUGCAGACCAAGAACUGGCACAUGGACGUGAUCGAGAUGAAUGGGAUCAAAGUGGAGUUCUCCAUGAAGUUCACGAGCCGCGACAUGAGCCUGAAGCGGACCCCGUCCAAGAAGCAGACCGGCGUCUUUGGGGUUAAAAUCAGUGUCGUGACAAAGCGGGAGCGCUCCAAGGUGCCGUACAUCGUGCGCCAGUGCAUCGAGGAGGUGGAGAAGAGGGGCAUCGAGGAGGUCGGCAUCUACCGCAUCUCGGGGGUCGCCACCGACAUCCAGGCACUGAAGGCCGUCUUUGAUGCCAACAACAAGGAUAUCCUGGUGAUGCUGAGUGACAUGGACAUCAACGCCAUCGCUGGCACGCUCAAGCUGUACUUCCGCGAGCUGCCAGAACCGCUCCUCACUGACCGGCUCUACCCUGCCUUCAUGGAGGGCAUCGCCCUCUCGGACCCCGCAGCCAAGGAGAACUGCAUGAUGCACCUCCUGCGCUCGCUGCCGGACCCCAAUCUCAUCACCUUCCUCUUCCUGCUGGAACACUUGAAAAGGGUUGCCGAGAAGGAGCCUGUCAACAAAAUGUCCCUCCACAACCUGGCCACGGUCUUCGGCCCCACCCUGCUGAGGCCCUCGGAGGGGGAGAGCAAAGGGCACCCCACCCUGGCCUCCGACAUCUGGUCCCACGAUGUGAUGGCGCAGGUCCAGGUUCUGCUCUACUACCUGCAGCAUCCUCCCAUCUCCUUUGCGGAGCUGAAGCGCAACACACUCUACUUCUCCACGGACGUGUAGGCGCUGGGCGGCGCCGCUGCGAACACUCCCGGCCUCCCGCCGCGGGGGCAGCGCGGCCGGGGCACACCUUGGCAGGAGAGCGGCAUGCUCCUGGGACCGUGGGAGCCGCCCGCCGUGCCCAGCCCCGUGCCCCCCUGUACAGUAGUCGUGUCUUACGUACCUUUGUGUUCAGGAAUCGUUCUAUGUAUAUUCGGUCGACAGAAGAGGUCGUGACGGCUGCGGGCAUGGGUGCCCCCCCGCGGUCCACUGCCCCCCGGACUGUUCCUGCCCGCCUGGCGCCCCCUCCUCUCGCCCAGCUCGAAACCUCCUGGCAGUGCCUGUCUCGUGCGCGUCCCCGUGCCUGCAUGCGCGGCGUCGGCUUGCUUCAGCCGCUUGGAAGCCGAGGGCUCCCGGCGACGACCAGCUCCGCUUUGCCUUGCUGCCUGUGCGCCCGCUGGACCCCGCGACUGGACUGUGCUCCCCCGGUGAGCCUUGGCUCUGGGAGCGGAGGGGACUCGUCUCCCCUAGGUGCUCUGUGGCCUGCCCCGUGGCCCUGGCCUUUGUUUCUUGCCUGUCUGUUGUGUAGCACUGUGGUUCCCUCCCCGUUUCUCCUCUUCCUGUGGGGAAGGAUGCUGUGCCCCAGCCUGCAGCUGAGUGGGGCCGUUGGGAGCAGGACGCCCAUGUCCUCCCCUGUCCACCAGCUGCCCUCAGCUGCAACGUGCCCCCACAAAGGUGGGUCGCCCUGAGGCACCACGAUCACUGCAGGUCCCCCAGGAGCGCGCUGGGGCCUUGCUAGUGCCAAGCGUGGGAGGACUGCCUGUCCCCGCCGGCCUCGUCUGGGCCUUUGCCUUAGCUGUUUGCACAUGUUCCUCUCCAGCCGAGCACUGCCGCUAGGGCAGCCACUGGGCGGAGCCGAGCCAGCAGCAGCUGCCUUCCUCCUGCGGGCGCGAGACAGGGCGACCCUGCUCCCGCCAUGCCAGUGCCAGCUCUGGUCGGGCACGAGGAGGGUGGAGGUGCUGCCUCGCUGCACCUUGGUGCUAGGCAAACACGGGUGGGCGCUGGCUCCCUCUGCCCCGCAGCAGGGUCACAUCUGCGCGCUGGCCGCCCACUGCCCCUUUCUGCAGCAAGGCAGAGAGCAUCUGAGCUGCGGGGAGGGAAGUAGAGGCAGGGCUGACAUGGAGGAAAGCCUUGCGUGCUAGGACAGGGCCUGCCCGGGGUGGAAGCUAGAGCACUUCCCUGCGCCGUCCCAGUCAGUGGCUCCUGCCCCCAGAGGGAUGUCUGGGGGCUGCUCCGCCACCGUCCCAGGACAGCCUGCAGAGGGGCGGUCCCCCCUGCUCUGGGAGGUCCUUCCGUGGCCCUGCCCCGCCUCGUGCCAAAUGACAACGGACGCUCCGGGGCUGGCCCUAGCGGCAUGGCCCCUCACCCCGACUGUUGACUGCUGCAGGGCGAGCCGCCUGCCCCCUGAAGGCACCAGGUAUGUCCCCAGCGCCCCGUUCCUGGGGCGACGGUUCCUGCCAGCCCCCACACCAGCGAAGGAGGGGGAGGCCUUUCCACCCCCUCUCAAGGGCUCUCGCACUCCAGACCCCGCUCUGCUCAGAGCGGAAGGGAAACGACAUUGUACAAAGUACCCAGGCCUCUCGCCCUCCCCUGGCGUCGGACUCCAGAACCGGGACGAGGGUGGAGCUGACUGCACAAACGGAUCCCGCGUCUGUCUGAUUUGUUACGUGUGUCCAAGUCCCUGUCCACGAUGGUGUCCUUCCAAGUGGAGACUGUACAGCCAGCCAGCCCCCGGCCCCGAGGGGUGGGGGGGGCGCUGGACUCUUGCAGCUACAGGUAGAAUAGAACUGUUCAUUCAUAUUGGACUUUUAACGAGCUGUUAAGGAUAUAUUUUUUGUGUUCUGUUAAACAUCUGUAGAUUCUAACUUUAAAUGGAUGUAAAGUCUGUGAGGAGACUAUGUUAAUAAAUGCAAAGCCCUGAUGUUUGCACAAACGGA